AUGCUGAGCAAGUCCAUGGACUUCAAGGCCAUCCACGGCGAAGUCAUGAAGAUCACGGUGGACGAGUACAAAAUAGACCGCAGCAAGUGCGUCGGUUUCAUGCUCGACGGAUGCGGCGCCAACAUGAAGGCCCUGGACACGCUGCUGCUGAACUUCCCGAACGCUGUCGGCGUUCGGUGCUUCUCCCACCUCCUCAACAACUGUGGCAACGAGCUGAGCUCGGAGGAGACCGACAAAUUCGCUGGCCACUUGCACGUACUCCUGGCCCAUAGCCACAACGCUAGAGACUUGUGGUUGCAGGAGACGAAGGUGUCGCCUCCGAAACCCGUUUCUCACCGCUGGAGCUCGCGUUACGUGCGGAACAACGCCUUGGUGCUGAACUGGCAGCAGAUGAAGACCUUCGUCGACAAGUUCACCUCGACCGAAGAGUCCAGGUCCAACUCGGCCGCUGCGAUGAGGGAGGAGCUCGGGCGUGUUCGGCUGGAUGGUGUCCACCAGGAGCUCAUCUUGCAGCUGGGAUUCGCGGUAGCUGUGGACGUCGGGAUCCACCUGGUCCGUCCCACCCAUCUACUCGAGGGAGACGGAUUCCUGCUACCUGAGGCGUACGAUGCCAUCGUGAGUGUGCGCAAAGGUCUGGCCCUGACCUUGGACAGCAACGUCCCUCCGCGGUUUGAGGACAAGGUGAACAUGCCUAACGUGAACGCGCUCGUGAGGGAGUACUCCAACAGCGUGAACGCCAACGUGAGUAUUUCGGGAGUCCGUUUGUGGAAGUUGCUUGUGCGACCAGAAAUUGUUGAGCUGUGUUCGAUGACCCCCCCUCCAUGA